CACAGAUAUUAGUUGAUGUUGUUAUUUGUGCGCAGCAAUGUCUCAGGAUUGCACCUUUCUAGUGGUCGGCGGCGGCAUUGCUGGCGUCUCCUGUGCGGAGGCCUUGGUCAUUUGUUGCCCCAGUGCAUCCGUAUUGCUGUUGACCGAAUCGAGCAUUGUCAAAAGCGUGACUAAUCUCGUGCCCGUGGCGCGUUAUCUGCACAAGUUCGAUGUGCGGGAGCAGAAUGUUAAGGAUUUGCGUGCCGGCAUUGGCACCAUAGUGGAUCAGCUGGUGCACAUCAACAGCAGCGAGCAUUGGGUGCGCACCAAGGCGGGGCUGGUCAUCAAAUAUCGUUAUCUCUGCCUGUGCACAGGUGGUGCGGCCAAAUUGUUUAGCACGGGCCAGACAGAGCUGGGGGCACGCAUCAUUGGCAUACGCGACACGGAUUCGGUGCUGGAGCUGCAGCGCCGGCUGGCCAGCGCCAAGGAUGUGCUCAUACUGGGCAAUGGCGGCAUUGCCAGCGAGCUGGCGCACGAGUUGCACGACGUCAAGGUGCACUGGGUGAUUAAGGAUGGUCACAUAUCCGCCACAUUUGUGGAUGCUGGCGCCGCCGAGUUCUUCCAGCUGGCCAAGCAAGAGACGGCUCAGCCAACGCAGGCGCCUGCAACUGCCAUCAAACGAAUGCGCUAUAGCGAAAUGCUACCCAAAGGCGAACAGCAGGAAGUGGGCGAACAUAAGCGUGGCGCCGCCUUGGGUCCCGACUGGCAUCGCAGCUACGACUUGAGCGGCAGCGGCGCAGCGAGUGCUGGCCGAGAGUUGCCCAAAGUCUAUUACAAAUCGCAAAUAAAGCAGAUAGAGCAGCUGCCGGAUAGCGGCGCAUUGUGCAUCACCUUGAGGCACGACGAUGGCAGUCUGGAGCGGCUCAGCUGUGACUUUAUUGUGUCAGCAACGGGUGUGCAGCCGCGUCACGAUUACGAUACGGAUCAGCAGCUCCAGCUUGCCGAGGAUGGUGGCAUUAAUGUGGAUGAAAUGAUGCGUACGAAUCUGGGCGACGUUUAUGCGGCCGGUGAUGUGUGCACCGCUGCCUGGGCAAAGGCGCCGCACUGGUUCCAGAUGCGCUUGUGGACGCAAGCCCGACAAAUGGGCGCCAUGGCCGGACGCAGCAUGGCAGCCGCACACGAAGGCGAGACUAUUUAUCAAGAUUUUUGUUUUGAGCUCUUCGGGCAUGUUACCCAGCUGUUUGGCUUUCCUGUGGUGCUGCUGGGACGCUUCAAUGGGCAGGAUUUGGGGCGUGAUUAUGAGCUGCUCGUGCGGUGCACACGCAACAAGGAAUACAUCAAGUUUGUCCUACAGAAUGGACGAUUGCGCGGUGCCAUACUUAUUGGUGAUACAGAUCUGGCCGAGACGUGCGAGAAUCUCAUACUUAAUGGCACAGAUCUGACCCCUUAUGGCGAUGAUAUACUUAAUCCGGAUAUUGACAUUGAAGACUACUUUGAUUAAUGUACAACAUGUUUACAAAUAAAGUAUUAGUUAUGCUUAAA